ACCGUAUAACCCCGCACGUACGAUGGAAGAAAUUUGACGUAAGCAGUUGUUGGUUUGUUUUUGCAUUCGGUGAAGAAAAAAGUUUUAUCUUGCCUGUGUACGGUACAUAAUUAUCCGAAAAACAACCUUAUCAAACUCUGUUUUGUGGUAAAUACAGAACAAUUUGUCGGUGCAUGAAUCGCACGUCCAGCCGUGGCUUCAGUUUCGCAGUGGGAAGUGUGCACUUUCGCAAGCAAUUAAAGGAAGGAAAACGAACCCACCCCAAGAGCAAAACAUAAAAUAACAACAAUGUAAACCGACCGACCGGCGCUAUCUCUACGCAACUGCAACGCAUCUGUAUCUGUAUGGUUGCUUUGUUUAGGUGGUGGUGCGUUGGUUUGGGACAGCGACGACGCCGUCUAGGUCAUCAUCGUGAUUGCCCCCUCGGGCGCCUUGCCUAACAGCCAGUCGUACGAAAGCAGCGACACUGCGACGAAGAAGUGGAGAAGCGCACGAACACACAGCUAGAAUUGUGUCACUAAACCACUACGCGCGAGUCAUCAUCCCGCGUUCCCGUAACGCACGCGUACGGCGCAUUUGUGACAAAACAAACCACGCACACGCAGACAGGCCAUUAUCGUCAUCGGGUAUCGCACCACCAGCAGAGCAGCCCGCCCGAUCCAAGUGCUUCCAGUAUGGAACAACAGUCGGGCAGGGCGAAGAACACCAGUAGUAGUAGCAAAACGAUCGGAGAGCCAACAACAAAGAAACCACUCACUGCGUCUGGUGCUGGCGCUGCUGCUAGCGUGGAAAGAGGCGUAACCGGUGUGGAUAGCACAGUGCCGGAGAAGAACACUCAUCCCGAUAGUACUUCCGGGACCGGUGGGGUUUCUCCCGUCCAGCUGCUGGAACCAUCACAGCUGGGCACGACCAAGUCCGAGGACAGUCUGAGCAUCAAAUCGUCCGACUCGGUUACGACGAGCGGCGAGUACGAGAUUGUCCCGGAAGCACCUUCGCUCGGGGAGGAUCUGGUUGACGGUGGAGGUGGUGCUCGUGACGCAUCAGUAUCGAAACAACCGGGAAGUGAACCGAUUCGCAGCACCGCAGCUAAUGGCAAUCCGGGCGGAGACAUUGGUGCCGAUUUAGCCGAGUGCAUUGCAGACGACGGAGAGCUCGGAGACAGAGCGACGGAGGAAAAGGAACCGGUAAAGAAGCGACCGGCGGAAGGGAAAAAGCUGACCGCAAUCUCACCCAUACUGAACAUCGAGGGAAACGGCAAUAUGAUGGAUCUGGAGAAGAACAUGAACGAGGUGAUACACGAGCUGGAGGAGGAACGCACGCUGAGCGGGGCCAGCGAACCGAGCUCUUCAAACAAAGCAACACCGAUCCGAAGUCCCGAAAAGUGCAACCAAAGCGCCCAAAACCAACAUGGCGUCGAAGUUGGAGAGGGCGUCACAUCAUCGAACAAGAAACCACAGGUCCCGACCACACUGCGUCUCGGGCUGCAAAGUAUGCGGGCAAACUUCACGAUCGGUGGUGGCGAAGGCUCUACCGAUACCACCCCGAACGCAUUGCUGUCCCCCGAAGGGAUCGGUCGCGGUGUCGGCCAGUCCGUGUUCUACGAUUGCCUUGACAGCAGCCCACUGACGGAGAAGAAGGACGACAUGAAGCCGGUCGGAGGUGCUGCCGCGGGCGAAACCGACGACGAGCUGUCCGAUAUCGACCAGGACUGUACGAUAUUUAGCGGCGUCACGUAUCUCGGAGCCUCACGCAUCAAUGCGCCCAAAUCGGAGCGAGAAAUACUGCAGAAGGUGACCGAAAUGAAUGGUGGCGUUGGUGCUGUUGCUGGUCCGGCCGGCAGCGGCCCGGGAGUGGGCAACGGAUCGGACAGUCCGCUCGGGCUGAAGGUGUCCGUCAGCAUUCCCACCUGUUCCGAGGGUCUCGUUGUGCUGUACGACUGCGAGUCGCAUGCGGUGGUGGCAACGUACGAGGUGCAGCGGAUACUGUUCUUUGCCCGCGGUCCGGUCGGUACGGCCGAUCAGGCCUGCUUUGCCUUCACCUGGUCCCAUGGGGAAUCUCAGGAAACGGCCGUCCAUCAGUGCCAUGUGUUUCGCUGCAACAUCCCGGAAGCGGUCACGCAAGUCAGCACCUGCUUCGCGAAAGCUUUUCAACGCGUGCUCCCGCCCAGCAUUCCGGCCAGCAUGACCACAUCGCUCGCCGAAAGCGGCGUCAACGUGAUGCUCUCCUCGGUCACAUCCGAUACGGCCGGCAAUCCGAUCCAGUCGGCCAUGUACGAGUUUGCCGUGUCGCUCGAAAUUAAGGAAAAGGAACGAAGCAGCAGCUACGUCACGGUACCGCGUGACGUCAAGUCCAGCUUCCGAUUGCGCUCCAAAACGGACAAGGAGGUGUGCAUUACCGUGCGCCAGGUUCCGUCCGAUCGGUUCCCAUCGCUGCUGAUCGAACGGUGCUUCGGGGUGCUGCUAAGCCCGGGCCGAAUCGUACGACAGGCCGAUAUGCAGCUGCUCGAUAUGGUUAGCAUGGGGUACGUGAAGCCACUGGACGGUGCUGCCAAUCCGGCCUCGAAUGGUGCCGGUAACAGCGGUGCCAGUGGUGCUAAUGCGGCCAGCAACAGCAACAACAACGGUGGCGGUAGCAGCAGCGGCGGUGGCAACAUUACCAGUCCGGCAAACUUUUCCCAGUUUCCGUACCAGAUAAAGGCCGAAUGGAAGGCGCACGCGUUCGAGCCGCUCAACAUGGAAACGCCCAAAAAGGCGCUCACCGUGGCGGUCGAUCUAGUCAUCAAGGGCAUUCAGGAACCGGUCCGAUUCGUCAUCGAAACGUCCGUGGCGAUUCUUUCGCAAAGCGAGCUUCGCAUCGUGCCGAACAUGUUUACCAACAAGCGACCGUUGCUGCUGCACUUUUAUCUAACGCUGCGCGAAAACGGCGAAGGCACGUGGGAGGUGGAUUCGAUCGACCAUUCGGAUGAAAUCGUCGAACCGCAGGCACCGUCCGCCACGUCCUCACUGUCGUUGAACUUUAACUUCAAAAGCUGGACCUUCCGCAAUUCGGCCAGCGUACAGUCCAUGCAGGACUUUGACGAGCCGAGCCCGACCGAUUACAGCUCGGAUGGCGACGAACCGUUGCUCAGUGGGACGGGCGAAGUGUCGAAGAACUGUACGGCCGCCCAGCUGGACGAGUGGCAAGGCAUCAUACUCGAGUGGUACCAGGAAGGGCCGGAAAAGCGGCCGAAAAAUCUGCCCCACCUAGUGCGGAUGGGCAUCCCGGAACCGCUGCGUGGAACCGUCUGGCAGCGGUUGGCUUGUGUGGAAAAUCGUACCGAAAUGUUCGACUCCUACAGGGUGCUCAUUACGAAGGAAACGAGCUGCGAAACGGUGAUCCAGCGGGACAUCAAUCGGACGUUUCCGGCGCACAAGUUUUUCAAGGAAAAUGGCGGCACGGGACAGGAGAAUCUGUACAAGGUGUCGAAAGCGUACGCCGUGUACGAUACGGAGGUGGGCUACUGUCAGGGGCUGAGCUUCAUAGCGGCCAGCUUGCUGUUGCAUAUGCCGGAAGAGGAAGCGUUCUGCGUGCUCGUCGCCCUGAUGUACAACUACGGCCUCCGGGACAUGUACAAGAUGGGGUUCGAAUCGCUCUACCUGCGCCUCUACCAGCUUAACCGGCUCAUGAAGGAUCAGCUGCCCGACCUGUACGAACACUUCGCCCAGAUGGGUGUGGAGUCGCACAUGUUUGCCAGCCAGUGGUUUUUGACCCUGUUUACCGCCCGUUUUCCACUGUACUUUGUGUUCUACAUCUUGGACGUGUUCCUGCUCGACGGUAUACCGGUGCUGUUCCAGGUCGCCCUAACGCUGCUGAACGUUUGCCGCAAGGAUCUGCUCGAGCUAGAUUUCGAAGGCAUCCUCAAGUACUUCCGCGUGACACUGCCGAAGAAAUGUCGCAGCGAAACGCAGGCCAAGAAGCUGAUGAAGCUGUCGUUCGAGUGUAAGGUGAAGAAGCUGAAGAAGUACGAGCUAGAGUAUCUGGCCAAGAAGGAAGAAACGGAACGGAAGGAGCAGGAGCUGAAGCAGUACGAGGUGCGGUACGGCGAGGAGCGGUCCAAGCUGCAGCAGGAAAUAGCGACGCUGAAUGAGAAGAUUGAUGCAAUGGCCCGGGAGGAUCGCAAGAGUGCGGGCAUCAUACAGGAUUACAAGCGGAUUAUUCAACGGCAGGAGGCAGAAAAUGGCAAACUGCACACCAUGCUGGAUGAUUUGACGAAAACGAUAGCGACGUGCAGCAAAUGUACGGCGAGCAUACCACAGUCGUCUCCACUCCACAAAAGCUACGGCAAAAACUUCCAGCAGGCAAACACGGUGAACAAUAAUAACGAACAACAGAGCCAUCCGCUUGCUGCCGGUGAUCAGCCGGACGGUGGAAGCACCACGGGACUGACGGGUGGCAAAGGUUCCACCGGUGCUCCCGCCGCUAUCGGAGGGCUGGGACCGCUCGAUCCGUUGGUAAUUGCAUCGCAGCGGAUACGCGAGCUGGAGCUCGAGUUGGCACAAACCAAGCUGGCGCAGGUUGAGGCCGAGUGUAAGAAUCAGGAUCUUCAUCACCAGCUAAACACAACCGUUACCGAGCUGCAGGCAACCCGCAGCAGCUGGCAACCCUGGCUAUCCAAGACACUGAACUCGAUACAGGAAAAGGUGGUCACGAAGCGCGACGUGAAUCCACCCGCUCCCACGUUCCAGUCCUAUGCAUCCACGGCAGAUGGCAAUAUAAAGCAUCACUCCAACACGCUGCCCCACGUGCGCAACAACAACCACAAAGCGUCCCUAGCACAACGGCACAGUCUGGCGCAGGUGAACUUCCCAGGAUCGGACAGCACCUCCUCGAGCUCCAUUGCGACCGAUGCAGACGGGAACGGUGAUCCGCAGGUGCUUGCCCGAGCAAAGUAUGACAGCAGCGUUAACAUACUGUACAAGGAUACACGGUGCAAUAGCUUGAAGUAGAUUAAUGUGAGCGAGUGUACCAAAACACUUGAAGUCCAGGCUUUCUGAAGCUAAACGUUGCUAAACGAUCUUCUGCUAUAGUCCAAUUCUCAGUGCUCAGUGAGAUUCGCCAGAAAGGGGCUGUAAACUGGGAAGGCAGAAGAAAACAGGUCGGUAAGACACCUCCUAAAGCCAUCAUCAAUAUUCUUGUUCUUUUAGAUUGUAUUUUGUGGUAGUAUGAGAUGAAGAAUAAGCGAGCGAGAUAGAGAGAGAGAGAGAAUGACCCACGCGGGAUACAUGGUGUAGAAGUGUAGCGAAAAGCACUUUACCGAUAUUACCACUACCACUACUACUAAUACUACUGUUUCAUUUUACCAAACACAUGACACACAAGCCCGCGACCGUAUUUAGAAUGGCUCUUCGUUAUCCACACUCUCUUGAGAAAAGUUGAACUCAUCAUUUUUCCAUUUCUUAUAAUAAAUUAACCAUGUAAGCAACAUUCCUUGUGAUAGGGUUCGGGAACCUGAAAAAUGUUUCUCGAACGUUACCAAAAUAAUUUUAGUGCGAACCGUAUCGCGACUGCGCCCUUCGAUUGGAGGAUAUAAACUUGAGUUAAAAUUGUUUCGAAUUUAAAGUAAGUUUUCGAAGUGGUUUAAUGAAUUCGGGUUGAAUUUGUUAAAAGAGAUGUGGAUAGAAGGACUUGUUCGUGCUUGAUGAAAAUGAUGGCUGAAUUGUGUUUUGCGUAAUAUUUUCUUCAUUUUCCAUUGUUAUGCUGAAUUUCCGUUCUUGGCACAACUAAACUUUCUAGCGUUCCCGGAUAGUUGCUAGUAUCAUUAAGGUUCUUAGUUGAGUGUUGUGCGAGUAGAAAAGUAAUGAAUGCUCACAGGCAGCAGUUUCAUAGCACGGUUUACCGAAAGGACAAAGUUGAUUCGAGUUUUAGUAGGAAGCGGUUAACCCCCCCCCCCACCUUGUUUUGUGCUAUCCUCCUUGCUCCAGCACAAGCGUGAACGUUUGCAUAUCAUUGGUUAGCAAUGUAUUUUUUCCUGGUUUUAGUCAGGCAGGCAGUUUGCUUUGCUGUUACUUCUGUUUCUGUUUGAAGUUGUUUCUUGAAGAAAUCUCACAUUUUCCGUCUAUGGCACUCACCCCCAAACCAGCAUGGCUAGUUGGCUAGUUGAACGCGGCUACUUACUCUACUGCGGAACGAAAACUAAAGCUUAUUCGGAACAGGUAAAUGAAGCCAGAAACGAUUUAGAAUCCGUAAGAUAGGAAAAGCAUAUUCACAUUCUCCACAUAUUUAUAAAUUCCAAUAAAUGAACCCCGCGGGAAUGCACCUCGUGAA